AUGACGGACCACGGGACGGUUGUUCGCGGGAGGCGAGAUCGGUCCGACCACGUCCACAAGUCCACCGGUGGCGAUCCGUUACGGAUAAUCCAAAACAAGCUGGAACAGUCGCCCCGAAACUGGAAUAUGGCAUACAAUGGGCUGUCGCAGCAUGUGGACUUCAGCAGGUUGCCGAAUCCGAGCGAGCGGUUCGAACUGCUGGAUCUGAUUGGUGAGGGCACCUACGGUGAGGUCUACAGUGCGAAGGACAAACACACCGGACGCAAGUAUGCGGUCAAGAUACUCGAGAGCAUCGCCGAUAACAUCGAAGAGAUCGAGGAGGAGUACCUGGUGCUGCGCGAUCUCUCGAAGCACCCCAACAUUCCCGAUUUCGCUGGACUGUUCCUGAAGCGUGGCACCACCGUCGAAGAUGACCAGCUGUGGUUCGUGUUGGAGCUAUGCACCGGCGGCUCCGUGACGGAUCUGGUUCAAGGUCUGCGUGGUCGUGGCGCUCGCCUAUCCAACAACCAAAUCGCGUAUAUCCUGCGCGAAACGGUGCAAGCGCUUGUGUUUCUGCACGAGAACCACUGCAUGCAUCGGGACAUUAAGGGUCACAAUAUUCUGCUGACGGAGACGGGCCACGUGAAGCUGGUUGACUUUGGGGUCAGCUCGCAUCUGGCGGCGACGAUGGCACGUCGGAAUACGAGCGUUGGCACACCGUAUUGGAUGGCACCGGAGGUGAUCGCGUGCGAACAGCAGCUUGAUCAGUCAUACGAUUCACGGUGCGAUGUGUGGUCGGUUGGCAUCACCGCGAUCGAGCUGGCUGAGGGUGAUCCUCCACUGUGUGAGCUACAUCCAAUGAGGGCACUGUUCCAGAUACCACGCAAUCCUCCGCCGAAGCUUGCGCACCCUGAACAGUACUCGUCGAUGUUGUCCGACUUCAUCUCGGAGUGUCUUGUGAAGGAUCUCGAGCAGCGUCCCUUUUCGAAGGAACUCGUAACGCACCCGUUCCUGAAGGGUGUUGGACCGUACGUGGAUCAAAUCCGACAGGAGCUUCGAUCGGAGAUUGGCCGACAGCGUGAGGAUGGUCGAACACCAAGUCAAGCGAUCGCGACGACGAAGUACGGCAAGCUAAAGUCAGAUCGCAAGUCAAAGCCACAGCGCAUGUACAUGGACGAUCUGGCGGCACUGGACGUGCUGACGGAGGACGCGAUCGUCGAGCAGUUGCAGAAGCGAUACGAGACGAACCAGAUCUACACGUACAUCGGUGACAUUCUGAUCGCGGUGAACCCGUUCAGUCAGGUGGGGUUGUACACGACGCAACACCAGCGCCAGUACACUGGCCAGGCUCGAUCGGAUAAUCCACCGCACAUUUUCGCGAUCGCUGACGCAGCCCAUCAAGCGUUGGUGCACCAACGACAGAACCAAGCGAUCGUGAUCUCGGGUGAGAGUGGUUCAGGCAAAACGGAAAGUGCUAACCUGCUGCUCAAGCAGCUCGUCCACCUCGGCAAAGCGGUCACGAAACACCUCGAGGAACGCAUCCUGCAGGUGAACCCGAUUAUGGAAGCGUUUGGAAACGCACGGACGGGCAUAAACGCGAACAGCUCGCGGUUCGGGAAGUACCUCGAGUUGACGAUGGCACGCAGUGGAAAGGUGAAUGGGGCGCGCAUUUUCGUGUACCUUCUCGAGCAGAGCCGUGUGGUGCGGCAAGCUGAAGGUGAGGGCAAUUUCCACGUGUUUUACUACAUGUACGACGGGCUGCAGGCUGAAGGACGACUGGAGGAGUACUAUCUUCAUCCAUCGUACCGGAAGACUCACCGAUACCUUCAGGAAACGGCCACACUACCGAAAACGAACGUCGAUCGAUGGAAGCAGCUGUUGGCGAGUUUCCGCGUGCUCGGUUUUAAGGACGACGAAGUGGACAUGGUAAACCGGGUCCUGGCGGCGAUCCUCAACCUGGGCGAUAUCGAGUUUGGGGAGAUGGACGCGAACGACAACACGGACAGUAGGGCGCGCGUGAUCGACGUAGCACCAAUGCACCGCGUCUCGAAGCUACUCGGUGUCGAUUCAGCCGAUCUGCUGGAUGCGCUUUCCUCCAACUCGGUGGUUACGCGUGGUGAGACGAUCACACGCCAUAAUAACGUGGCCGAAGCGUGUACGGCGCGUGACGCCAUGGCGAAAGGGUUGUACGGGCGAUUGUUCGAUUGGAUGGUCAAUCAAAUUAAUCUGCUGCUGGUGCACAACAGGAUGAGCAGUAGCCCGGAGCAGCUUGCGAUUGGAUUGUUGGAUAUUUUUGGGUUCGAAAACUUCAGCAAGAACUCCUUCGAGCAGCUGUGCAUUAACAUUGCGAACGAACAGAUACAGUACUACUUUAACCAGCACAUCUUCACCUGGGAGCAACAGGAGUACAUGGCUGAGGGAAUUCCGGUGGAUCUGGUGGAGUUUGCGGACAAUCGACCCGUGCUGGACAUGCUGCUGAGUCGUCCGCUGGGACUGCUGGCGUUGCUGGACGAAGAAUCUCGAUUCCCGCGCUCGACGGAUCGAUCAUUGAUUGAGAAAUUCCACAACAACGUCAAGUCAAAGUUCUACCAGCGUCCCAAAUCGGAUGCGGUCUGUUUUGCGAUACACCAUUUCGCCGGUCGGGUCGUUUACCAGGCGGAUGGGUUCCUCGAGAAAAACCGCAACUUCCUGCCCGCCGAGAUCAUCCAGCUGAUCCGGCAGAGCCAGUACGACAUGAUACGCUUCCUGUUCCAGUGUCCGAUCACGAAGACGGGCAAUCUGUACUCGGCGAUCCAGGACACCGGAUCGCGUCAGCAUGUACCGAGCUUCAUCAAGGUCGACACGAAGGAAAAGUUCAACUCACGUGGGUUAGCGUCGCAAUCGCGCGCCCAACAAACGGUGGCUACGUACUUCCGGUACUCGUUGAUGGAUUUGCUGCAAAAGAUGGUCACCGGAACGCCGCAGUUCAUCCGGUGCAUCAAACCAAACGAGCAGAAGGCGGCUCGAUCUUUUGACGCUGCCAAAGUGCUAAAGCAAUUGCGUUAUACCGGCGUGCUUGAGACGAUCCGUAUCCGGCAACACGGUUUCAGUCACCGAUUUACCUUUGCAGACUUCCUGCGCAAAUACUGCUUCCUGGCGUACAGCUUCGACGAACGUGUCGUUUCGAAUCGGGAAUCUUGUCGCUUGCUUUUAGUGCGUCUAAAAAUGGACGGAUGGGCGCUCGGGAAGUCGAAGGUGUUCCUCAAGUACUACCACGUGGAGUACCUCUCCAAGUUGUACGAGGAGCAUGUACGAAAGAUUGUUCUGGUUCAGGCCUGCGUAAGACGCUGGCUGGCCAAAGCGCUUUACCGGCGCGAGAAACAGCGAGUGGCGCUGAGUGCCGUGACGCUGCAGAAGCAUGUCCGCGGCUGGCUGACACGACGACGCAUGCGCAUACUAAAGGAAAAGCAGGAACGCGAACGCCUCGAGCAGGAACGUCUCGAGAAGGAGCGGCUGGCGAAGGAGAAAAAGAACAACGAACAAAACAAAGCCAAGCAGGCGUUGGCUAAGGCGAAGCUGAUCCAUCAGCUCUCGAACCAUCAGCUGGAGGCAAAACAUCAGCACGAAAAGCGCGGUGUGGAUAUCAACAACAAAGAGAACGAACGGGCAGCGAUCGUGAUCCAGAGCUACUACCGUGGGUACACCAUCCGGAAGCUGCGCAUGACGCCUGAGAUUGAGGCGAAGACAAAAUACAUCCUAGGCAUCGCGAAGAAUCGCGUCGAAGCUCAACGCAUGAUGCAGAAAGAAGGCUUCACGAAGGAAGACGCCGCACGCAUCAUCCAGCGAUACUACCGCACGCAGAAAAGCAAACACAAUGGCACCAAUCGAGACGUGAUGGCGGCGGUCGGUUCGGCGGCAGUCCCUCGAAAGGGUCCCGCACCACAACCCCAACCGAAACCACUCACCACGAAGGACCAGCAGAUGGAUCUGAUCGCGUUCUCGCAAAACGUGCACAUGCUCAACCAGGAGGUGCAUAAGAACCUGCGCGUUAACAAGUCGGGUGUGCCGCUGGAAGCGAUCGAGAAGCUGCCGGGUGACUACCGGAGACCACCCGGGUUCGUCCUGGUGCCAGGAUUGCUUGGAACCGUGCCUGGUGGGGAUUGCGCGAAGUACAGCUCGCUGCGUAGCAUGGACUGCGAUCACGAGAUGACGAAGGAACUCAUCCAAAGGAGCCCACCACCGCCAGCGGACUUUGACGACAUCUCCCCGUGGGAUAUGCCGUUCUACGAGGUGGAACGCAACCUGCGCUCGCAAAGGCAGCGUAACAUGCAGCAGCCACCCCAGCGCAUCGACAUCAAUCGCAACGAUAUCCUUGGGGAUCGUAAGAUGGAGCUGGGUGACCGCAAGCAGCAGCUUUCGAGCAACUGGCACCAGGCGAUCCAGGCGUCGGAAGGAACGCCGCAGGAUAAAUUCAAAGGCCUCGCAAGAUCUCCCCAAAACCAGAACGAACCGGCGCCCAUUCGCAGCAUACCAGCGUUCAGCUAUCUCAAUCCAAACAACCAGCAGAUCCUUCGCUACUCCCCGAACCAGCAGCGUGCCUCACCCGUCGAGCCCGCGAAUCCACCCCACCCAAUCCCGGUGCGUCAGUCACCGAUCGAAUCGUCGGCUCGCGAAUCGUCCUCACCAUCGUCGCGGCUCGGACUGCUUGGGCUGGGUGGUGGCGCCGGAGCGGCGGCUAAGAAAGCGGCCAAAGCCGAGAUGAAGGCACGCGAGAAGGAAAACAAGGAGCGCAAGAAGCGCGAGAAAAAAGCGAAAAAGGAAAAGGAAAAAGCGGUCGCUAAUGGACACACACCAUCGUCCACGGGUUCGUCGUCGGGUGGGUCCGCCCUGUCGGGUGAUAAGCAAGGACGCAAGGAUGCCGCUGGGAAGAAGAAGCGUUCCGAUCCGGUCGAUCAGCAACCGGCGGUUGGACGGUUUGGUGGCGUGGAGGACCACUCACUCCACGAGUACCACCAGCAGCUGCAGCAACAGCAGCAACAACAGCAACAGCAACAGCAACAUCAGCAACAAGUGCCUCAGAAGCGCUUGAUUGAGCAUCACGAGUAUCAGAACAUUUCGGAGGAGACCAAAAUCGACAGCAAGAGCCCGGUGAUGCGGAUGUUCGGGGAUACCAAUUUCCUUGUGAACCAUCGUCGGAAGGCGGCCGAACAGAAACAGAGCCAGUUGGCUCAGCUACAGCAGUACCAGAAACAGCAGCAGCAACAUCACCAACAACAGCAGCAGCAGCAGCAGAAAGCUCGCCUUCAACAGCAACAGCAGCAGCAGCAGGCCAACGGUGGGCCAGGUUGGCGUCAGACGGAGUUAAACUGUGGGCAGGGCGUUUGUGAGCUGAUGAAUGGUGUGUAUCGGUUCAGUCCGCAUGUUACCUCGUUUGCACAGAUGGACUCGAAGAGCGCCAGCAGCCUGUCGGACGACCGGUCCACGCUGGACAAGGACUACCAAAACUUCAAUGUCUCCAAGUACCUGAACAUCGACGUCAAAGGACCGUUGCACCACCAACGAGAGCGCGCACGUGAUAGUGGCGUGCACGAGCGUGACGUCAGCUCGAACAGCUCGAGCUUAAGCACGGGUAGCAGCGGAAUGAACUCGCUCAACUCGUUCGAUUCCGUCGAGCAAGCCAUCAUCUUCCAGAAGGAUCGCAAUGCCGACUCGUACCUCGGUCCGUUCAACUUCCGCCAGCUGCUCCGGCCGACUCAAGGGCCCACGGAAUCGCUUCGCAAGCGGAAGGGCAUCAAUCCACCAUCGCCACCGCCGCCGCAGCGUGGCAAGAGCUAGAAAGUGGUUCAACAGCCGCCACAGACGCCGCCCUGGGCUAGCCGUGCCGAGCAGAUUGCCUACAUUUGGGCGUGCCUUUCGUGAAGCGCGGAUGCGUAUGCAACGUACCAAAGAAAAACGAACAGCCCAACGGAUGAUUGCGCUUGCCUGGAGGGGGGGAGGGAGAGGUGAGAGAGGCCCGGACGUCCGGCUGCCGUCGUUACUUUAUAUGGUAGUUAAGCAAAGCCGAGCAAUGUAAGAAUGUUCCGCUCGCAUCGUAGCUCAUCAAAGGACCGGAAAAGCGCAACAGAAAGUUUUCUGAAACCUAUUGAUUUGUGGUCGCCCGAUGCGAAACGGAUGCGUAGCUAUUUUCUCGACGGUCAUGCUUUCCUGCAAGCUUAAAGCAGAUCGCUCAC